AUGUAUAAAUUAAUACUCUCAACUGUGAUACUCCUAUUUUUCUUGGUUAUAGAUAACUUUUAUGGAAGCUUAACAUACAACAUUAGUAAUGAAAUCACCAAAUUUCUCCAAAUUUAAUUUGAAUAUGGAAAAGAAACUGGAAUUUUCGGUACAAACAUAAAAUUAUAUUUUAGAAUAUACACUUUUAAUAUUCUCAACUGCAGGGGAUGCAGAAUGCACUAAUAUCUUGACAAUUUUGAUUUGGAUAAAAGCAUAAAAUAAAAUUCAGAUAUUUAAGUUGAUUACGAUGAAUGCAAUAGCUGCAGCAUUUGGAAACUUAAUUAAGAUGGUUAUGACUCAACCAAGACCUUUUUACUUAGAUCCCUAAAUAAAAUUGGAUUUCUGUUAUACUGGGUAUGGAGAUCCAAGUGGCCAUUCACUUAGAUCAUUUGUGUUCUAUGCAAUACUGAUUGAAACUAUUGUAUUAAAGAAAUACAAUAAUUAAGAGAAUACUACACUCUUGGAAUCAGAAAAACAGAUGCAAGAUUGCGAAGAAAUCUCAAAGUAUAUUAUAAUAUUAAUAAUUAGUUCUGAAUUAUAUAAAUAGAUUUAUUAAAAUCAAUAUAUUUCAUACUCAAAAUACAAGAUGUUUAUAGCUAUUUUUGCAUUCUUAAUUGGUAUUGGAAGAUUAUAUUUUGGAGUUCAUUUCUUAAAUUAAAUCAUAAUAGGUUGGGUAAUAGGUGGAUAUAUAAUUUAUAUAUAUUAUUAUUGUGGUUUAGAGAAAAUAAUCGAGAAAGCUUUCAGAAACUCAUUAUUACUUAAUCCAUAUAGAUACCUAAAAAUAUUAUUGAUCUCAUUUAUAGUAUUUACUUUAGCAUUUCUGUUGUAUUUUGAAAGACAUUAUGAAUAAUCUUUGAUUGAUAUAAAAUAGUAAUGGAAAUAGAAUAUCUUAAAAUAACCACAUUGUACAAGUGGAGGAGGGUAUAAUCCUAAAAAUAAAUUUGAAACUCAUGAUAUUUCUGGAUUUUCAAUAUUAUUUUUCCCUUGUUACUUAUUAGCCUUCUAUUCUAAAUAAUAAAUACUAUUAAAAAUAGAAUCUGAUUAAAUAUUAACUUAAAUUGGUUAAAAUAUUUAAUAUCUUUUAACAUAUAUAUUUGUAUAUUGGAUAAAGAGUUUUGAAAAAAGAACAACAAGUAAAUUAGGUGGAACGUCUGAAACAAAGAGAUUACUAUGCAAAAUAUUUUUUGCAUAAUUUCACUAUAUAGAAAUAUCCAUCUUGUUUUUAAUGAUAAUUCCUCUAGGUUUAAGAUUAGUAAAAUCAUUUUGUAAAAGAUAAUAAUUUAGUCGGAUUAGUUAAAUUGAUCAAUAAGAAACUGAAAUGGUGUGA